GCCCGUGCUCGACCUUAUACAGCAUUCAGUUCUGAGAGCACCGGUGCUCACACAAACGAGUGAUCUCGGCUAGUGUUGUAACGAGAGAUUUCGAGAGAUUCGAGAUCGAAGAUUGUUGUUGGUGAUUGUGUAGACGGGUCGACAAGAGGAUGCAGAUAUUCGUGAAGACGCUGACGGGGAAGACCAUCACGUUGGAGGUGGAGAGCUCCGAUACGAUCGAUAAUGUGAAAGUUAAGAUUCAAGACAAGGAGGGGAUCCCUCCUGACCAGCAGAGGUUGAUCUUUGCCGGCAAGCAGCUCGAGGAUGGUCGCACUCUGGCGGAUUACAACAUCCAGAAGGAGUCGACUCUCCAUUUGGUGUUGAGACUGAGAGGCGGGAUGCAGAUUUUCGUCAAGACCUUGACUGGAAAGACCAUCACGUUGGAGGUCGAGAGCUCUGACACGAUCGACAAUGUGAAGGUCAAAAUUCAGGACAAGGAGGGGAUUCCUCCUGACCAGCAGAGGCUGAUCUUUGCCGGCAAGCAGCUCGAGGAUGGUCGCACUCUGGCGGAUUACAACAUCCAAAAGGAAUCGACGCUUCAUUUGGUUUUGAGGCUCAGAGGAGGUAUGCAGAUUUUUGUCAAGACCUUGACUGGCAAGACCAUUACUUUAGAGGUGGAAAGCUCCGACACGAUCGACAACGUCAAGGCGAAAAUCCAGGACAAAGAAGGAAUCCCUCCUGAUCAGCAGAGGUUGAUCUUCGCCGGUAAGCAGCUCGAAGAUGGGCGAACUCUGGCAGACUAUAAUAUACAGAAAGAGUCUACCCUGCAUCUUGUGCUCCGUCUCAGAGGAGGUAUGCAAAUCUUCGUGAAAACAUUGACCGGCAAGACCAUCACUCUGGAGGUCGAGAGCUCGGACACCAUCGACAACGUCAAAGCGAAGAUUCAGGACAAGGAAGGUAUUCCUCCCGACCAGCAGAGGUUGAUCUUCGCCGGUAAGCAGCUCGAAGAUGGGCGAACUCUGGCAGAUUAUAACAUUCAGAAAGAGUCCACCCUGCAUCUUGUCCUCCGUCUCAGAGGAGGUAUGCAAAUCUUCGUGAAAACACUGACCGGCAAGACCAUCACUCUGGAGGUCGAGAGCUCGGACACCAUCGACAACGUCAAAGCGAAGAUUCAGGACAAGGAAGGUAUUCCUCCCGAUCAGCAGAGGUUGAUCUUCGCCGGUAAGCAACUCGAAGAUGGGCGAACUCUUGCAGAUUAUAACAUUCAGAAAGAGUCCACCCUGCAUCUUGUCCUCCGUCUUAGAGGAGGAAUGUAAAUAUUCCCCCUUUGAGGAAGGAACAUGGCUACAACAUCCAACAUCCAAAAGGAAUCGACUCUGCAUCUGGUACUGCGUCUCCGAGGUGGAAUCUCAGCCUCUCCGAAACAAAAUAUAUCUGCCAAUUUACCAGACGUGCCCCAAGUUUCUACACAUUAGCUAGGUAAACCGUAGUUUUCAGGGCUUUGAAUGAGCUGAGCUGAAUCUUUAGGAUAUCUGCAAAAUCUCGUUUGCACCAUAUUUGUGGGAUAGGGAAAUCAUCGUCACGACACUUAUGUGGCUACAGGAUCACUAAGCAGAUGGAGAGCUUGGUCAGCAGUAAUCAUGUCGAGAGCUUCCAAACCUUUACCAGUCUUAGACGAACAAUCUAGCUGACGGCCCUGAACUAGCUAAGCAGGUUUAUUACAUAGAUCAGAUAAUUGUCUCCAGUAUCUUCCAGUCUGCAAACGAAGAAGCUGAAUGAAUAGACAGGUAUCAACUACACUAUGUGAUCCUCUAGCAAAUAGACCCUACCCCUGAAUGAUCAAUUCUGUAUAGACACUACAAACACAGACGCUGUCUCUGGGCAGGCCGUUGUCAAUAAAAAUAGUUCACC